AUGGGUCCCAUCACAGCAUCUCCAGUCAUACCUCUUGCGGUGGCCGUCGCUGCGGCCUACUGCAUCAUGGGCAUCCCGAAACAAAAUGGCUUGUUUGACAUGCUGGAUGCCCUCGCAGAAGACCACCCGACGCGUCUACCAGGUUCCAAUGUCGAUGGGGAGCUUCUCGAUGUUGGAAGUUCGGGCCUGGGCAAAUUGCUAGCCAUCCUCAUUCGAUUUUUCUACCCAGUCAUGACGGGUGAAAGCCCUCGCCUGUCUCUGUUCAGCUUUUGGUUUGCAGGUCAGGUCAUCUCCAUGCACACACUGGUGCUGCUAGAGGGCCUACGUGAGGGUAAUCGUGGUAGGGUGAUCGCCUACACCGUCAUUUGGGGAGUUUUGUAUCAGCUCAUCCCUUUCGGUAUCACCAUAAGCGUAUGGGUUGCCGUGUGGAUGUGGACAUCACCCAUCGCCAACCUGUCUGCCGCAACCCCCAAGCCAGUCCUCCUCAAGGCCCUUGGUAUCGGUAACGCUGAUUUAUCCGUCGUUAUUCACUCGAUCGUCUGGGGAUUCGUAAUCCCGACCGUCCUGCUCGGUCUACCAUCGUCGUCUCCCCAGAUUACUCAACGCUACAUUGUCAUUUGGCAAUUCUUCCCCAUCUACGUCAGCUUCGCCCGCUUCAUCUUCUCCAAUGCUCUCCAGCUCUUGGGGGUUGACAACUCGGUCCCGGCCCCUCCACCUGCCGACCCCAAGAAGCCCGGACCCAGCCUCACCAAACGCCUCCGUGCCGUAUACUUUCCCGCCCUGGUCAUGACAGCUGCCGUACACACUCUGACGCUCAUGUGGGUCUUUUUCCCGGACAUGCGACCGACGAUGCUCGAUGGUGCGUCAAUCGAUUUCGUGGACGUUUUCAAGCCCACCUCACGCCCGGGUCAUGUCGUACCCAUCGAAAACGCCGCCGACGGUGUACUCAACCUCCUACAAUAUGACGUGUACUUUGGCAGUGCCUCUGUACUGUUCUGGGCCGCUCAGAUGUACUGGGCUUCAACAGCCGCACCGAGCAUGGCUAGCGUCUUGACGGUGUUGGUGGGUCCUGGUGGUGCGGCUCUGGCUUUGGUCUGGAGGCGAGACGAGCAGUUAUUGGUGGAUCUACCUGAAUCAUCCAAGAAGGACGACUAG